AACAAUAAACCCUAAACCAGUUUGCCAAAGCUACGAGUGCAUCCCUCCACUCUCCCCUUUCUUUCUAACCCAACUUCUCAUUCCGACGAUACAUCGCCGUACCGAUAUUUGUCUACGCCAAGUUGAAUCGCUGCAUCAAAUUAAACGGUCGCUGUGAAUGAAAUAACGUAAAUUUUCCUCAAAACCCUAAUCAGAAGUAGCCGUUACUACUACGAUGGGGAUGAGUGGUAAGAGGAAGAGGAAUGACGAUUCCGACGCGGAAGAUUCAAAGAAAAGUCAUGCGGAGAAGAAAGAGCAAUUCCGUCCUGCUAUGAUUAAGAACAAGGAAAAGAGAUCGGAAGUUCACGCCAAGCUUAAACAACAGAAGAAGCUCGAAAAGCGCGCUAAGGCUAAGGCUCGUGACGCUGCUGUCAAGAGAGCUAUCGAGCUCGGUGAGGAGCUUCCAGAAAAGAAGGUGCCUCGUACGAUUGAGAAUACAAGGGAAGUUGAUGAGACUGUUUGCAAGCCUGAUGAUGAAGAGCUAUUUGCUGGAAAUGAUGCUGAUGAAUUCAGUUCAAUAUUAAACCGGCAACAAAACCCCAAGAUAUUAAUCACCACUUGCCGCUUCAAUUCUUCAAGGGGACCUGCUUUUAUAUCAGAAUUGCUUUCGGUUAUACCAAAUGCACAGUACUUCAAGAGAGGAACCUAUGAUUUAAAAAAGAUCGUAGAAUAUGCAAAUAAGAAGGACUUCACUUCUAUUGUAGUUGUACACACCAACCGCAGGGAACCAGAUGCUCUCUUAAUUAUCGGCGUACCUAAUGGACCUACUGCUCAUUUCAAGCUCACAAAUCUUGUUUUGCGUAAGGACAUUAAGAAUCAUGGAACUCCAACCAGUCACCAGCCUGAGCUUGUGUUGAACAACUUUACCACACGCCUUGGGCAUCGAGUUGGGAGAUUGAUACAGUCACUUUUCCCGCAAGAUCCAGAGUUUAAAGGCCGACGUGUAGUUACCUUCCACAACCAGAGAGACUUCAUAUUCUUCCGGCAUCAUCGGUAUAUUUUUGAAACCAAAGAAAUUAAAAAGAUUGAGUCUAAAGGUAAAAAGAAUGAAGAUGGUAAGAGUGAGAAAGUUCCCGACCAUAAAACAAUUGCCCGUCUUCAGGAAUGUGGCCCUCGUUUCACAUUGAAAUUAAUUAGCCUGCAGCAUGGAACAUUUGAUACUAAAGGUGGAGAAUUUGAGUGGGUCCACAAGCCGGAAAUGGACACAAGUCGGAGGAGGUUUUUCCUGUGACCCUGUCUUGGAACUUUGCAUUUUGGACGACAUUGUUGGGUUUAUCUGGUGAAAGAGGGCUUGUUAUCUUGAAGUUUUUGUUAGAAUCUUUCAAGAAAUUUCUAAAUAAUGUUAGAUAUUUAUGGUUCUUUUUUAUUUCGGGGCUGAAGUCCUACAAUCUUUUGUACAACACUGAUCAGUUUUGACCUCAAAUUUAUAAGCUAGUUGGGGAAAGAGAACGAAUUCACAUGUUGCUUAUACACAAUAUAAUUGUAACUUUGAGAUGUUAUGUGCCUACCAUAUAGAUCUAUAUAAUUUGUGCACUGAUGCUGUCA